UGGGCUAAAGAACUCGACCAAGUAUAAUUUGCCAAUCGGGGUUAUAAGCGAUUUCGUGGAAGCAAACACAAACGCCUUAUUUCAAGUUCAUAUAAAUCACUUAUAAUGUUAUGAUACACAUUUUUAGUCAUUGAAUUUUGUGUUAUAUUUAAAUAGGUGAAACGCAAAAAGGGUUUGAUGAGUUCCCCACAAGAGUCACCGCUCAAAAAACCAAAACUGCAGAUUGAAUGUCCAUCAGUUCCAACGAUUCGGACAAAAAAUGAUCUUACAAUCUCACUCGCCGAGCCUUAUACUAGGAACUAUAAAUCAGCUGCCGCUGUAUUGGUUACUGUCCGAAAUGAGGUUGAUGUGAAUUCGAAAAAAUCAACAAAGAUAAAAACUGUACGGCUUUUCGUCAGUAAUAAGCCUCAAAAUAAUUGUAAAGAUAUUCAUUCAACAUCAAUGAAGUGUAAAGAUAUUCAUUCAACAUCAAAACAUUUUAGCCGUCCAACCCCCUACGGCAAAAAUUAAGCUCAUCCGAAAUUGGAGACAG